AUGUUGUGCCUUGGUUCCUCUUGCUUCGUUUCCGAGGUUUGGCCACACACCGAAUCCGAAGCCGACACUGGCUGCGAGGAGCGGAUCGUCUGUCGUCAUCUGGGGUCCAUCGGCAAGGAUCUGGAACCCGAGGGUGAGAGCUACGCGGCGGCGGCCUGGAGCUUCAUUGCCGAGCUCCCGACCGAUGCCUCGGAGGGCGAGGACGCGGACUUCCGCACCAAGUUCCGGACGCCUGAGGAGAACCCCUCGCACACAGCGCCCGAGAUCCCGGCGCCCCAGGCCUCCGAGUCGGACUACCUCUCAGAGGUUUCCCGGGCCGAGCCCCUGCGCCGGAGUGCGCCGGCCUCCGAGCCCUGCUUUGCUCCAGCGCCCUCCUUGCAGAGGGCCGCCCAGGAGGAGGAGAGCGAGCCCAGCUUCCCCAGGACUUCGCCUUUAGCGUCUCCCUUGCGAACGUGCUUCUGCUACGCAUCGCCACUUCGGAGGGGGCUUCCUGAACUGGAUGCGCGGGCCGACUGGGAGGCCAUCCAGGCAGAAGGAAUUGACGUCACUGUGCGGGCGGCCACGAUCAAUGCUGUGCAGGAGGCUGGAGAGAUUCACAAGGAGUGA